AUCCCACCUUGACCGCUACCCAGUUGGAAGCUCAACCUUAAACCCGUAUUAAAUAGGUAUGUCCGUCGUCAAUUGCUGCUUCCAGUUGCACUUCGACCCUCCCGACUGGGAGUAGAAAUCAUGUCGACAAACACCACAGCACCGCCUGUGGCGGGGGCUGCGAGAGCUCCCUCGCAGGGAGGCAUUAUCGGCGGAUUAAACCCUGCGGUAUACAACCCGAAGGACCCGAUCCCCAUGUUCAUCAUCCAGGCCGGCUUGAUCAUCAUCAUAUGCCACCUGCUGCACUGGCCCCUCUCCAAGAUUCGCCAACCCCGCGUCGUCGCCGAGGUUGUGGGCGGUAUCAUACUCGGUCCUUCAGUGAUGGGCCGGAUCCCGAACUUUCGAGCUACCAUCUUUCCGCAAGAGUCCAUUGCGAACCUCACUCUCGUUGCCAAUCUCGGACUUGUCUUGUAUCUUUUCCUCAUCGGACUGGAGACGGACGUUCGAUUCCUCGUAAGCAACUGGCGAGUCGCUUCCUCUGUCGCCUUUGCCGGCCUGGCCCUGCCGUUUGCCCUGGGCUGUGCUCUGGCCUGGGGGUUGCAUCGCCAGUUUUCCGAUGACGAGGGCAUCAUAGAUAUCAAUUUCAGCGUGUACAUGCUCUUCAUCGGCGUCGCCAUUGCUAUCACGGCGUUUCCGGUCUUGUGCAGAAUCUUGACGGAGCUGAACUUGCUUGGCACUUCCGCCGGUGUCGUUACCCUGUCGGCCGGUGUCGCGAAUGAUGUCGUUGGGUGGAUUCUGCUCGCCCUCUGCGUCGCCCUCGCGAAUGCCUCAAGUGGCAUACUUGCCCUCUGGAUCCUGCUGGUCUGCCUUGGCUACAUGAUCUUUCUGUUCUUCGCUGUUAAGCCGUGCCUCCUGUGGCUGUUGCGUCGGACGGGCAACAUUGACAACGGACCAUCGCAGAGCAUGAUUGCUCUGAUCCUCCUGAUUACCCUCGCAUCGGCCUUCUUCACCGACGUCAUUGGCGUCCACGCCAUCUUUGGCGGCUUCACGGUCGGCUUGAUCCUACCUCGUGAAAACCACUUCGCUAUCAAAGUGACUGAAAAGUUGGAGGAUUUAAUUGGCGCCCUGUUCCUGCCGCUGUAUUUCACCCUCUCCGGCCUCAACACCAACCUGGGGCUGCUCGAUAGCGGGAUUACCUGGGCCUACGUCUUUGCCGUCACCUUCACCGCUUUCCUCACCAAGAUAAUCGGCGCCUCCGUUGCUGCUCGACUGAACGGUCUGGUUUGGAGGGAGUCGCUCACUAUCGGCGCCCUGAUGAGCUGCAAGGGUCUCGUCGAACUGAUUGUGCUGAAUAUCGGGCUGCAAGCUAGGAUCCUGAGCACAAGAACCUUUACCAUCUUCGUCGUCAUGGCCCUUCUGACCACCUUCGCAACCACACCACUUGUGUCUGUGUUGUAUCCCCCGUGGUACCAGAAGAAGCUCGAGGCCUGGAAACGCGGCGAGAUUGACUGGGACAGUGGGGAGCAGAUUUCAGGCCCCAACAGCAUUGGCGAAGUUGCGGAUCUGGCGAAGCCGGCCAGCAAUCGCGUUCGAAACCUGCUGGUGUACCUGAGGCUGGACAACAUGCCUGCUAUGCUGAAUCUCGUGUCCCUGUUUGGCAGUUCAACCAUCUCGGAGCCUCGAGAGCACCCUGCCAAAGACGAGGGCUCAACCGCCCUCGAGAGACUCGCCACAGGCUUGACCGACCGGGCCAAGGCCGUCAGAGCUCAUGGCCUCCGUUUGAUCCAGCUGACCGACCGUGACUCGUCGGUCAUGACCGUGUCGGAGGUGGACGAGCACACCCGAAAUGACCCGAUAGUCAAUCUUUUCCGAACCGUCGGCCAAUUCCUCAAGGUUGCCGUCUCCGCCGAAGUAGCCGUCAUGCCGGAAAGCCGCUUCGCCGAGGCGCUCCUGGCCAAGUCCUCGGAUAUCUCGUCGGACCUUAUUCUUCUCCCCUGGAGCGAGACGGGGAACUUGAGCGACCCGCAGGCCUCCUCGUCCGAUAGCAAGCUUGCGUCGUCAUACACAAACUUUGCCAAGUCGGUUUUCGCAUCGGUCGACCACAACAUCGCCAUCUUCUUCCCCAACGGCAGCCGCAGUUGGCCAGGUAGUGACCAGGCCCAGGAGCGCAACAAACUGAUGCGAGCAUACUCGUUCAAUGACAUACACCGCGAAAUUGCACCCCUACCAGUGACGAACCAGGCCCAUCACAUCUUUAUGCCAUUCAUUGGCGGCAAGGAUGAUAGGUUCGCCCUUACGCUUGUCCUUCAGCUCUGCGAGAAACAAGAUGCCACCGCUACGGUGGUCCAUCUCUCUACGGACGGACCCCCGACUGACGACACUGAUUACUUCGGCUACGUCUCUACACAUGUCCCGGCCGCAGUGGCCCCGCGGGUCGAGUUUAAAUCGGCGCCUGUCAGCAACAUCGGACAGGCAGUUCUGAGCUACUCGAAAUCGGAGAUUCAUCUGGAUUCGGGAGGAAUUACAUGGCAUAAUCUCAUUGUCCUUGGCCGGCGCAGUGCCGCAAAUGCAGAUGCUGGGAACGAGAUGCAGGAGUGCUUAGGCCCUACUGCACAGUCUAUUAUUUCAGCCAAGCUUAGGGCGAACUUGUUGGUUGUUCAAGCUAAGGUUUCUGGAUCGUAGGUUUUAUACGGUUCACUGUUGGCUCCUCCCCCGCCCCCGCUUUACUACCUACUUUCGAUAUAGUUCCGGCGAUGGCUGUACCUUGGCUAGGAAAUACCUAGGUAGGUAGUUCUAUUACACUCUCUUCGCGCGCUUGAAGAAGCAUCUUGGGUGUUUCAGGGCAUCUCAGCAGAACACUCUGCUGCACCACGUAAC